CCUAUCUUUUAAAAUUGCCAAACAUUCCAAAAAAUAUUCAGGAAAUGCAUAUUAUUCGGUUUUGGUUAGAGCAACUCUUUAAGUGUGCUUUUAAAGAAGGAGGAUUUAACGCAACUAUAUUCAAUCCAGAAAUGCUCAAUUUAUUAUUUGAUAACGACAAGGCAAUUUCUCCUCAAUUCAACAUACAACAGCCUCAUGUUGUUCUCAAAAACAAUACUUUUGAUGACUUUUUGAAAUUCACUUUAAAUCAUCUGGCCAAUUCAACAUAUCUUAUUCUAGAUAUAUUUUACAUCAGGAAUUUUGAGGAAUAUGCAGAUAUUUUAUUCAAUAUUUUAACAAAUGAAGGCAACAAAUUUCCUAAAAUUAUUUUACAAUCUUAUGAAUUUCCAAAGCUUUAUGAUCUUAUUGUUGAAUAUAUAAUAACUUCCAAAGACUGUUCAAAAAUGGUGUCUGACAUUAGUUUAGAUAUUCCUUUUCAAGAUUUUAAAUUAAACAAGAGAGCAGAAAAUGUUCAAAUUCGUUGGGAAUCUCGCCUUAUUAGAUACCAAAUCGCCAAUAUUUACAAUCCAAAAGUGAGAUUUUCAUUCAAUAAGUUGAGUGGUUCAGUUUUUAUAACAAGAAUGUAG